AUGGCAGAUACAAGUAUUAUUGUUGGUAUCGAUCUGGGAACCACCUAUUCCGAAAUCUAUACCUAUCAAAAUAACCAGCUGGAGGUUAUCGUUGGCCGGAACCAAUUGAGAAUGACUCCGUCUAGAGUGAUCGUAAGCAAGACCAGUACUCAAGAUAAAAUCACAUAUUUGACCGGAGCAAGAGGAAAUAUGCAAAGCAAGAAUCUGCCUGGAAACGAGAUUUACGAGCCCAAGCGUAUUAUCGGACGCAAGAUGUCCGAUCAAUACAUUAUCCGGGAUUUAUACUAUUACCCAUUCAAGAUCGUGGAAGGUCCAGAUGACACUCCUCUCUAUUCAGUUACGGGAAGUGGAGGAGACGUGACUCUUUCUGCAGUAGAUGUGGAUGCGCAAAUUUUGCGAACUUUGGCCUCCUAUCGCGCAAACGUGAAGCAAGCUGUGAUUACUGUUCCUGCUUACUUCCGAAAGGAGCAGAUCGCUGCCACCAUUGAGGCCGGUCAGAAGGCGGGUCUGGAGAUUAAGAAGUGCAUCCCGGAGCCUAUUGCGGCCGCUAUUGCGUAUUGGCAUGCUCACCACGUCAAGAACCAGACGAUUGUGGUGUACGAUCUCGGAGGCGGUACGUUCGACUGCUGUUUGGUUCGCAUCGAGAACGGCAAGUUCAAAGUGCUGACCAGCGAGGGACACUCUCACCUGGGAGGAGCCGAUUUCGAUAAUGCGAUCGUGCAGUACAUCCGUGAUAAGAUCAAGGACGCGCAGCCCACCCACGAUGUGUUUGCUCGAAAGAAUGACUUGCGACGGCUGAAGGACCUGGCGGAGCAGGCGAAGAGAUCGCUGUCGGACGCGGAGACGUAUACCAUAAAUUUCACCACGAUCGAUCCGCUGACCAGGGAGUCCUACACGUACAACCAAGUGUUCACCCGAGCCGAAUUCAACACGCUGAUCGAGGAGGACGUGAACCGAACCCUGGGCUACAUCGAUCGCUCCCUCGGCCAGAUGGGCUUCACGGUCAACAACAUCGACGAGAUCGUGGUGGUCGGCGGCUCCACGCGAAUCCCCUUGAUCCAGCAGAAACUCGCGGACUACUUCAAGCGGCCGAUCGACUUCACGCUGGUCAAUCUGGACGAGGCCGUCGCGCAGGGCGCGGCUAUUUACGCUGCGGAGCUGAUGAAGGAGAACGAUCUGAUCGGUGACUGGGUGGAUUCGGAAGUGAAGGUGGAGCCGGUCAGCUUGAACGGCGAUCCGAUCUUCAAGGUGCCGUACAACAUCGAAGUGAACUACGGGUUCAACGACGAGACCAUUUUCAAGAAGGAGCACGUUAUCAAGGACCACUUCAUCCGAGUCAAUCGAACGUGCAGUCUGCCGUACAGCAACAUGAGUCAGUUCCGACUGGACGUGUUCAAAGUCACUAAUAAGAAGGAGUGCAUCGGCAUUCUCGAGCUGAGUCUGGACGAGGAUGUGGAGAAAGACAAGUCUAAGUUCAAUAUGUCGUUCCAGCUCGAUAAGUACGGCGUGCUCUCCAUCACGGUCAACAACCAGAUGGACGGAACCUGCGAGAAGCUGAACCUGACGUGCCGAGGCGAUCAGUUGGACCACCAGAUCGAGCAAAUUCUCUUUAAAAAGCGAUAUGAGGCGGAGCAGAUCUGGAAGAGGGCGAUGAAUAAGCUCUGCAUGAAGGGCAACGAGGGGACGGCCGUGAAGAAUCGAAUGAGGCUGUUUGAGAUAAAGGAUGAAUUCCCUUAUAUUCGGUUUGAGGAUGAAGAGACUGUAGACAAUCUGAUUCGGGAGCUGAAGGAGAUCGAGAGUUCGUAGGUGUGUGCUUGGUAGUGGUGUUAACUGU